CUUGGGGGGCUGGCACCAUGAGGUUUGGCACCUGGAGGGUUGGCACCAUGAGGUUUGGCACCUGGGGGGUUGGCACCAGGGGACGCUGUUGGGGCAGAGGUUGGACCGGGGCUGGACGCGGAGAUCCUUCAGCCGAGCGCUACAUCAACAAUGACAACGAUGAUUAUAACGAUGAUGACAAUGAAGAUGAUGAUUGUGACGAUGAUGAUGAUAAUGGUCAAUAUCAUGAUGACGAAGCUGUUCAUGAUGAACAUGAAUGUCAUGAUGUUGACGAUUAUACGGAAGAUCAUGAGGAUGAGGAUUAUGACAAUGACGACGAAGAUCGUGAGGACGAUUCCGCUGAAGAUCACGAUCACGGGUGCAAAGAUGAACACUGCGAUGAAGAACGUGGCCAUGAAUGUGAUGAUGAUGACGAUGAUAGCUACGAAGAUAUUGACGAUGACGAUGACGACGACGACGAUGACAACUAUGAAGAUGAUGGCGACGACGAUGACGACGAUGACGACGACGGCUUGGUGAGCGCCAGCAAAGAGGAUUUCGUGGCGACCGUCCCGACGCACCCUCUGCGCAAGCUGACGCCGGACCAGGUGGAGCAGGUGGAGAGGGCGACGCGGGGCCAGAGCGACAACGCGGCGUGGUUCGCGUGGCGCCAGGGCCGCAUCACGGCGUCCGUCGCCCACUCGAUCGCGCACUGCCGCUACGUGUCUGGGCAUUCGGACCGGGUGCCCGAGUCCUACCUGCGGUCCUUGCUGCCCCCGCCGGACGGGGCCACCGCGAGGAACCUCCGCACGCCGGCCUUGCUGUGGGGCCGGAACAUGGAGGCCACCGUUGUGGAGCUCUACCGGCAGAAGAAGCAGAGGCAGAUGAAAGGCCGUUACGUCGUCCGCGUCAGCCCCUGCGGUCUCUACGUGGACGCCGAGCGACCCUGGCUGGCCGCGAGCCCCGACGGCCUCGUCACGCUGGAGCGCGUGGCACCGUCAGCAGGGGACAUCGACUCUUGCUCGCUGUCCCCGCGAUCCCCACCGCUGGCGGUGGAGGCGACGCAGCGACUGCUGCUGGAGGUCAAGUGUCCGUAUAAGCACCGUGCGGGGUCGGUCAGGGAGGCGUGGGCGAGCGAUCCGAAAUUCUGCCUUGACGUGGUCGAGCAGGGUGGACGCACGAACUACGAGCUCAAGAGGGAGCACAGCUACUACACACAGGUGCAGUGUCAACUGGCGGUGAGCCGCCUCCUCUUGGCAGACUUUGUCGUUUACACGGAAGAGGACCUGGCCAUCGCGCCCGUGCCCUUUGAUGCCGACUUCUGGAACCAAACCCUGGGGCGUCUCUCCACAUUCUACGACAAGGCCGUCCGCCCCCUCCUGCAGCCCACGAGGCCGCCGGUGGAGGAGUGAGCUGCGGGGAAUUCGCAACGGAAGCCGUCUUUGUCUCGUCACAUCUCCUCUUGUUCAAGUCGCCUCAAGCCUCCCGUACAUCACGUGACUCAUGCAUGGCUGCCACCCCCCCACUUUGAAUCCCUGCCCUCUGCCCGCCGCCCCCUGUGGAAACAGACGCUGCUCCGUGCAGCUCUGUUUGCGCCUCCUUUCCCAUCUUUCCACCCCUCUCAUCAUCAUCAAUUCCCUCUCAUCAGCGAUAUCUUGGUCAUUUCUUCUCCCGCUCCUCCCCUUCUUACCGGCAGCUCUUUCGUCCUUCCUGCUGCCCUCAUCUUGAGCCAUGCCCUCCUCUUUGUCCGUCUUGGCGUCUUCCGUCUCAGCGUCCCUAUCCCUCUCCUGGUCAUCUUGUCCCCUCCGUCUGUUGCCCUUUAGUGCAAUUGGCUCCAACUCCCCUUCCCGUCGUGUGGUGGUGCCGUGGGCAAAACGGUUCAUAAUGGCAAAACGCAAAUGCAUUACACUGUAGGGGCAUAUGUUUUAUUUUAAAACUAAACUAAAUAUAGGGUGCCUUGAAUGUACCUUUUGGAGGUAGAGUGCGUUUGCCAAACAUGUCAUAGUACAAACGAGUUAAAUAUUCAUAUUCUUUGGGUCUUUCGUAAAGCCACGUAGAUAGAAAAUUAAAAAUCUAUCUACGUGGAAUUACCGAAAGACCCAAAGAAUAUGAAUUCCUGCAGUCACGAAAGCUUUAAGUCAAGAUUUAAAUAUUCAUACUUUAUUUAUUAACUUGGGAAAUCCUCACCGAGUCUCAAAACUCAUUUAGGUGAGGGUCUUGCAUGGGAUUUUUGUUGAGAUUAAAAUAUAUAUAUACUUUAACGUGUGGGGAGCGUACGAAGAGAUGACACUGGAAAAAUAUAUAAUAUAUACAGAGAGACCACCAUGCUAUUUGCUCUGCUACCUACUAUAUACACACCACUUUGGUGACCCAGCGGUCAGUAGUCUAGUGCACAUGGUAUCCGUACGUAUGUAGAACUUCUUUCGUGCCAUACGUAGGCAUCUGUGCUAAUCGGAGGUGCGGAUGUUACAGGUAGGAACAACAGUUCCACACUGCCCACCAGGGAUUAUUUGUCUGUCUGUCGUGCAUAGCCACGCCCUCGAUUUGUAUUUCAUAGAGCGCUUCGGGCGGGCUCAGCACCAUGUGACGCGCCGCGUGACACGGAUCGCACGAAUGCGCUGUCCAACCAAGUUCCUACCUGCCCACUCCGAAGGAAUGUGUUAAUGGGCCGGUGACAUGUCGUGUUACCGCGCUUGCCGGGAUUUGCUGUUCGAGCCCAAGUGGCCUCCCUGGUAAAUACCUCGAGUGCUUUAACCAAAUAUGAGCUUGUUUACUUUGCAGCUCUAAGCCAUGGGAUCCUGUGACGUAAUUCCACGGAGAAUUGAGGUGCGUUUCAGUGAGCCCCAGAGGGCUCUGCCGUGGCGCUACGUGGGUUGGACGUUCGCUCCUGUUGAACGGUAGCGUUAGGGCAGGGAAGGAUCGGCGCCUCCGAUUGGCUGGAUUCUGACACGCUCGCCACCUAACGCCCCUGCGAGGGAGCUCCUCAGUCCGUUCGCUCCUGAUACGAGGCGCCCUGUGGGCUGCGAACGGGUCGUUGGGUAGAAAAGCGCACUUGGCCACGUGUCCUGGAUGUGAUCGAUGGAAAUUUGUCAAAUUCCAUAACCGUUUGAAGUUUGUUUAAACAAGGUUACUCCGACUGGGUUUCUCAUUGGGUUCGCACUGACGGGGUUCAUGAACCCACUUUCUCCACUGCCUGCAAGUGCGGGAGUUAAUGACUGCGCGACUGCUGCAGAUGAUGCUUUUGAGAAGCCAUAUGUCGGGUUAUAUUUGCACCACGUGUUUACAGCAAUGGGGUUGGGUUCAGAGAUGUACUGUAUACUGCAUUUCACAGGUCAUGGAAUUAUUCAAUGUGUAUUCUUUAUGAAUGUUUAAUAGGGAAAACAAUAUGCUUACUAUUAAACGUUGAA